AUGGGCCGUCAUCGUCCUGUUCAGGAUGCUUCACCACCACCUCCUCCUCGUCUGGCUCCCCUUCCAACGCAUUGCCAGGUACAAUCUCAGCCACCCCAACCGAGCCCCAGUGUGCCUAGCCAGAGAGAUACACUUCCUUCUGAUUCGGUUGAAACCGGAAAGAGCCCUCAGAGUUAUCUUUAUGAUCCCUCUACUGAAUCUCGAGUGACAGUGACACCACAACCAAGACUGGUGGUUUCGAGCAGUGGUCGCUUUUCAUUGGAGUCACAGUCGGAUUUUAGCUCAAAUAGAUUCGAAUUACUAUCGCUGGAAGAGGACGGCGAUGAUUUACCGUCUGCUUCUGACUCAUCUGGCAGGCAUGGUGGUGAUAACAAUGAUGAACGAGAUAGUGGUGAAGGUGCUGUUGUCGCUCGUCAACAUAGUUCUAAUGAUGGUAGUGACAAUGAUGUGGAUAUCGGAGAUCCUUUUCUUACCGAUAGAUUUGGAAAUUUGACAAGUUGGAGGUUGAGUGAUUUGGAGGCAGCAGCAGAUAAUUAUCUUGAAGAUGAAGAAAGUGAAACAGAGGUAGAAGAAAAGAAAUAUUCCAAAAAGGAAAUGCUAAAGCGUGAUGCGGACCGUAAGAAACAGUACAUGGAAUAUGCUUUACAGAAAUAUAACAAUGACGAGGAUCUUGCUGGGGAGAUGCGUUUUGUGUUUGAUGAAAGUAAAGAUGAAGUUUUCAUUAUUGAAGGAAACAUGAACUUCUAUGAACACUUCAACUUUACAGCUAAGCAGGCUGGUUCCACUGUUCUAUUCUUUGCUGAAGUGAUCCCAGACGAAGGAGAACUGUGUGAUGUUCUUUGCUGCAAGCCUUUGGAUUCUGAUGACAAUGGUAUGCUUUCUUAA